AUGGUGUGCCUGCCGUGCAUAUUCUUGCCGAUUAUGAUGGCGAUUUACAUGAAGUUCAUCAUGCCCUACGUCUACAGGUAAUCCCGAAAAAUUGAAGCCGAGAACCUCUCCUUUUCAGGGUGCUUCCAGAGAGAUGGGUGCACUUCCUGGACCCAAUCCUGUACCCUACGUGUCCUGUGAGCAUACCUGAAGCUGAGAAGAAAAAUGGAGAAGAAACGGGAGAGAGUAAGUUGUUUUUAUUAAAGAAAUAAUGGGGAUGAAACUGUGGAAUUUCAGCAAAAUCAUGUUGUUCAACAGCGGAAAGCGGAGAGGAGAGCAAAAAGGACCAAUAG